CUAUAAACAGACAGGUGCCGCUGAAAAGACCGCGUGCAAAUCAGUACUUUCAGCCAUGGGAAGAAAAAGAAAGACAGUAUGAGAGUACUCACCUGGAAUAUUUUAUAGUUCAAAAUGAUGUCCGCCAUAAGUACUAAACUGGCUAAGUUCAGACUUGGCUCUGUGUCAGCUUGGUGGGAACACUUGAUGCAUAAUUACCAAAGAGGGAAUCAGCACUUCAUGAAUGGUUCUCACAUAGAACUGUUGUUAGCAAGCAGAAAUAAGCAAACACAUGAAAAGAAGAUAUGCCUUGUUAAUAAGGAGGGUGACUCUUCAGAGGAGCCAAAAAAGAAAUCAAAAAAAGAGGAACCUGAGGCCUCUGCACCUUCAACAGACUGGACAGCUAGUUCUGAUGCUAAAUCUAAAGAUGGCCGCCCAUGGAACAUGAAGAUUGUGUCUUGGAAUAUCAAUGGCAUUCGUGCAUGGAUCAAGAAAAAUGGACACGAGUAUGUCAGGAAGGAAAAUCCAGAUAUAAUUUGUUUCCAAGAAAUCAAGUGUGCGGAGGACAAACUUCCUCCAGAGUGUAGCAUUCCAGAUUACUACCCCUACUGGCUGACAGCAGACAAAGAGGGCUAUGCAGGCACUGGGAUUCUGUCUAAAACCAAACCGCUCAGCAUUAAAUAUGGCUUAGGAAUUGAGGAACAUGAUAAUGAAGGCCGCGCCAUCACAGCAGAAUAUGAAAAGUUUUAUCUAGUCACUUCAUAUGUUCCUAACUCGGGGCGUGGCUUAGUACGUCUUAACUAUAGAACCAAGGAGUGGGAUGAAGCAUUCAGAGAAUAUCUGUUGGGACUUGAGGAGAAGAAGCCAGUAAUACUUUGUGGAGAUCUUAAUGUGGCUCACAAAGCAAUAGAUCUUGCUAAUCCAAAGAGUAACUACAACAAGACUCCAGGCUACACUCAGGCUGAGAUUGAUGGACUGAGUAAGCUACUGGAUAAGGGGUUUGUUGAUUCUUUCCGGCACUUAUAUCCAGAUGUAACUGGUGCUUAUAGCUUCUGGACAUACAUGGGCAAUGCUAGGUCAAAGAAUGUGGGCUGGCGACUGGACUACUUCCUGAUUUCCAAAAAGUUGCUCCCUAGUCUUUGUGACAGUUUGAUUCGUAAGGAGGUGAUGGGGAGUGACCACUGUCCCAUAGCUCUACUUCUGGCCGUCUGACCAAUGGAACAGGCUGCAUAACAAUCAUCUCUGGGAACCAUCCCUGACUGUGUUGCCCUGUGAUAGUUUUACUUGGAGAGACCUUAAGAGAAGAGGCUGCGUGAAAUGUCCUUGUUUCCAGAAACACCUCUCUCAGAAAAAUGGCAUGCAUGGAUUUUUAAAGGAAGUUUCUUGCUUUCAUAACAAAUAAUCUUCACAUUUAAGGAAUCAAGAAAGAAAUGUGUUUUUAUAACUCUACUUUCUGCAGAUAGUUGUCCAAGAAAGUAUUUGUUGAAACAAGAAAAGCAUCAUUACUUUCUUUUAACAAUUCUCAGCCUCGGUGUAGGCCUGCAAUAUUCAGAUUGUAUGAAAACUGACAAAUCAAAAGAUCGUGCAUGGGGAUGCAAAAAUGAAAAAUUAUUUUUGAGGAGCAAGUCAAAUGUAAAGCUGUACUGAGGUCUUGUACCUGUACCAUUUGAAUGUUUGUCUUGAUUUGACAAGAUUCAUAUUAUACAGCAAUUUUUAUGUACAGAUACAUACAGAUGAGUCUGUACAUCUAGCCAUCACCAUCAUUAAAGUACACUUUCAGAGUUAACAUGACGUGGAAAACCGUUUAAACUUUUGUCUAAUGGAACUGAUGAAUAUUCAUAAAAUAGAGGUCGAGUUUAAAAAAUCCACAUGAUUGGGCCACUUUUUCAAUAAUUAUUUUUUUCCAGCAUAUAUGCUCUACUGACAACAAAUGUCAAAUAAAACUGAUAGGCCUAUUGUCUCUAAACUCACAGAAGUAAUAAAUCUGACUGAAAAUCAGCUUGAUUGAA